UGAUUGAUUAUUUUGUGUUUCUCUACUAUGUACAUUGUGCAUUUUAUUACAAUUUUAUUUUACAAGUUGCAAUAGGAUACACACAAAGACACACCAUGACAGAGCCUGCGAAACAGGCGAUCUCAUUCGCCUGUCAGCGGUGCUUGCAACCUAUAGUGCUGGACGAGCAUCUGGAGAAGAUUAGUGUGCACGCAAUGGCAGAGCUUUCACUGCCCAUUUAUGGUGGAAAUGUUAAUACAAUUAAUCCGCAAGAUGCCAAUAGUUUUGACCAAUUUGUGCCACCAUAUAGGCUGACAGACUCUAUCAAUGGCACGGGAUUUAUGUUGGUGUCCGAUGGACGGGAUAACAAAAAAUUGAGCGCAGCCUUCAAGCUCAAAGCAGAGCUGUUUGACUGCUUAUCCUCAAAUUCAGAGAUUGAUCAUCCUUUGUGCGAAGAGUGUGCUGAUUCUAUGCUUGAGAUUAUGGAUAGAGAAUUGCGCAUUGCAGAAGACGAAUGGCAUGUUUACAAGACAUAUCUGAAUGAGCUAGAGCGACAACAAGAAGGUCCCAAUGUCGAUGCACUGGACAAAGAACUGGAAGAGCUCAAGCAAAGCGAAAAGCAACUGCUUACUGAACUGGCGAAUCUAAAGGCCGAAGAAGAGGGGCUAAAUCAUGCCAUAGAGCAGGAAGAAACAGAAAAGGAAAAGCUGCACGAGCAGGAGGAAAGCUACUGGCGCGAGUACACCAAGCAUCGUCGUGAGCUUAUGCUAACCGAGGACGAUAAACGCAGCCUAGAGUGUCAGAUUGCGUAUUCAAAACAACAGCUGGAUAAGCUGCGCGACACAAACAUAUUCAAUGUUACAUUUCACAUCUGGCAUGCAGGACACUUUGGUACCAUUAACAACUUUCGUUUGGGUCGGCUACCGUCGGUCUCUGUCGACUGGUCCGAAAUAAAUGCUGCAUGGGGACAAACAGUUUUAUUGCUUUCAGCGCUGGCGCGUAAAAUAGGUCUAACUUUUGAACGCUAUCGCGUUGUGCCAUUCGGUAAUCAUUCCUACGUUGAGGUGCUGGGGGACAAUCGUGAACUGCCGCUUUAUGGCAGUGGAGGAUUCAAGUUCUUUUGGGACACCAAGUUUGAUGCGGCCAUGGUUGCGUUCCUGGACUGCUUAACACAGUUUCAGAAAGAGGUAGAGAAGCGUGAUACAAAGUUUUUGUUGCCUUAUAAAAUGGAAAAGGGCAAACUAAUAGAUUCCGCCACAGGAAAUUCCUACUCAAUUAAAAUACAAUUCAAUUCAGAGGAACAGUGGACGAAAGCCUUAAAAUUCAUGCUAACGAAUUUGAAGUGGGGUCUAGCUUGGGUCUCUUCUCAAUUUAUAACCCAAUGAGUUAGCCAAUCAAAGUUUAUUUAUUUACUUACUUACAUUAAUUAGCGCUUAAUUUAUAACCAAUAAAACUUAA